CAGAAUGGCUUUUAGUCUACAGUAUCUGUAGGCUAUGACUGGUUGGCUCACUAGAGUAGAGGCUGCACAACAAACACGUCAAGAGAAAAUGACUCUUAUUCUCAAACUUACCGGAUGGGUUGGAAAUGUGUUAUUGCUACUACUUGCAGUUCUUUUUAUAGCAUUUGUUUGCUACUUACUUUACAUAAAACAUGUUCAUCGAAAGUACGAUCAUAUCCCAGGACCACCAAGAGAUAACUUCCUACUUGGACAUUUGCCAACUAUAUUGGCAGAGACCAGAACCCCUGGCCGUCAUAUCAAUCAAAGAUUUUUAGAAUGGACUGACAAGUAUGGCCCUGUUUGCAGAGUGAACAGCCUGCAUAGUGUAUUUUUCAUUGUUUCUUGUCCUGAGGCAACCAAGGAAUUCUUAAUGUCACCGAAGUAUCCCAAAGACCCUUUUGUGUACAAACGCCUUUUCUCCUUAUUUGGUAGAAGAUUCCUUGGAAAUGGCCUGGUGACCGCCAUGAACCAUGAUAUGUGGUACAAGCAGCGCAGAAUCAUGGAUCCUGCAUUUAGUAGUGUAUACUUACGGGGUCUGAUGUCUACGUUCAACGAGAGAGCGGAGCGCCUGAUGACCAAACUGGAUGAGUAUGCUGAGAGCCAGCAGGCUGCACACAUGCACAAGCUUGUCAACUCCUUCACCCUGGAUGUGAUCACAAAGGUUGCUUUUGGAGUUGACUUAGACUUGCUCAACGUCAUGGACUCCAAAUUCCCACAAGCCAUCGAGUUAUGUCUUAAGGGCAUGGUGUAUUACAUCCGAGAUCCAAUCUUUCAGUAUUGGUACAAGAACAGGCAGGUGGUGCGGGAGAUCAGGGAAGCUGCACAGCUUCUCCGUGAUACAGGAGCUGCCUGGAUAAACGAGAGAAGAAGGGCUAUACAGGCUGGAGACGAUGUGCCUAUGGACAUUCUAACACAGAUUCUCAAAUCCGCAGAGGAAAACAAAGAUGAUGAUGAUGAAGAAAUCAUGCUCGACAACUUUGUCACAUUUUUCAUAGCAGGCCAAGAAACAACGGCUAAUCAGCUGUCAUUUGCCAUCAUGGAACUUGGAAGACAUCCUGAGAUACUACAGAGGCUGAAGGAGGAAGUGGAUGAAGUCCUUGGGAUGAAACAGGAAAUCAGCUAUGAGGACCUAGGAAAUCUCACCUAUUUAACCCAGGUGCUGAAAGAGACUCUGAGGUUAUACCCAACUGCUCCUGGCACCUCUCGCUGGCUGGUAGAGGACACGGUCAUUAAUGGCAUUAAGGUCCCAGCAGGAUGUAGUGUUAUAUUAAGUUCGUAUGUGAGUUCAAGGUUGGACAAAUUCUUCAAAGAUCCAGAGAGAUUCGAUCCAGAGAGAUUUAACUUGAAUGCUCCCAAGCCUUAUUUUUGCUACUAUCCCUUUGCUUUGGGUCCACGGUCCUGCCUCGGGCAAAAUUUUUCCCAGAUGGAGGCAAAGGUCGCAUUGGCUAAACUGCUGCAGAGAUUCGACUUCAGCCUGGUGCCCGGGCAGUCUUUUGCCAUCCUGGACACUGGGACACUGCGCCCGGAGGGCGGGGUGAUGUGCACCAUCAAACACUGCGGCAGUGCAUGACCCUCCAAGCCUGGACAAACACUGCGGCAGUGCAUGACCCUCCAAGCCUGGACAAACACUGCGGCAGUGCAUGACCCUCCAAGCCUGGACAAACACUGUCUUGACAGACUGGCAGGCUGUUGUGGAAUUAUUAUAUAUAUAGAUAGAUAGAUAAAUAUGCACCAUCAAACACUGCGGCAGUGCAUGACCCUCCAAGCAUGGACAAACACUGCAGCAGUGCAUGACCCUCCAAGCCUGGACAAACACUGUCUUGACAGACUGGCAGGCUGUUGUGGAAUUAUUAUAUAUAUAUAUAUAGAUAGAUAGAUAGAUACUUUAUUAAUCCCCAAGGGGAAAUUCAAGAUAAAUAUAAUUUUAUAUGUAUUCAAGAUAUAUAUAUAAUUUUUAAUAGAUUGACACAUACAAUGAUGUAUUUAAUUAUGUAAUUAUGUAAGAAAUGUAAUAUACAAUGUCAAAUAAAUGUAAUUAAAGAUGGCUAUGUCACAAACUCCUCCAUAUGUGAUACACUAACACUUCUGAAUAGAACUCUUAUUAAUCAACCAUCUUUCUAUGUAUUUUUAUGUGGGUGGUACUUUUAUCUAGUUUAGAGAUUUUUUUUAAUGGCAUUUGAUCAUUGAGAGUUGAUUUGAUUAAUGAUCAUUGAGUUACCAGCCAAGUCUUCAUGUUUUCAUUUCCUGCAUUGGGCACUUAGUUCUUGAAUGUUUUAUGCCUGAAUUAAUGUAUGAGACUGAACAAUUUAAUUGAAUUACCCAAUUAAACUUAAAAGUGCACUA